AUGUCGGGUGUAUAUACUUGUAACUCAUGUGUCAUGCAGUUUGACUCUAGUGAGAGCCAAAGACAGCAUAUGAAAUCUGAUUGGCAUCGUUACAAUUUGAAAAGAAGAGUUGCCCAAUUACCACCAAUCACAGAAGCUACUUUUAACUCUAAAGUCCAAGUAGCCAGUGCAUCUAGUAGAGAGGCGGAGGAUGCUGAGAAGAAAAAAGAUAAGAAACAACUAACCAAGAAAGAAAUAAGAAGAAGAGAGAAGGAAGUUCUUUUAGAAAAGAAGAAGAAGUUAUUGGAGUUGGCAAGACAGAAUAUGUUGAAGAAUAUGCAACAAGCUGAAACAUUACAAAAUACUCCAACAAAUAUUGAUGCUAACGAAACUGAAGAUAAGCAAGAGCAAAGCAAACCGGAAAUACCCAACACUGAUGCCUUGACCGGUGAUUCAAAACAGAAGGAAGUAGCUGGAAAAGAAGAGGAAGAGGAAAUGACUGAAGAGCAGCUUGCAGAGAAAUUAAUGCAACAGAAAUUAGCCAAUAAAGUUGAUAUCCCAUUGGAAGAAUGUCUAUUCUGUACCAAAAAAGUCUUUGAAGAUUUUGAUACCAACCUAGAUCAUAUGUUUAGAAAUCAUGGUUUCUACAUUCCAGAACAAAAAUAUCUAGAAGAUAAGAUUGGUUUGGUCAAAUAUAUGUCAGAAAAAAUUGGUUUAGGUAACGUCUGCAUCGUUUGUAACUACCAAGGUAGAAGUUUGGAGGCUGUAAGAGCACACAUGUUAGCAAAGAGACAUUGUCGAAUUCCUUAUGAAAGUGAAAACGAGAAACUGGAAAUCUCCGAAUUUUACAACUUUACAAGUACCUAUGAAGGUUUCGAUAACACUACCAAGAAACCAAUCACUGUUGUAGAAGGGGAUGAUAAUGACGAGGAAUGGGAAGAUGUCGAUAGUGAAGAAGAGAAAGAGGAUGAAGAGGAGGAUGAAGCGCCACAAGAAUAUCUGUAUCAUGACAAUGUUGAACUACAUUUACCAACGGGGAUUAGAGUUGGACAUCGUUCGUUGCAACGUUAUUAUAAGCAAGAUUUGAGACCGGAGAAGGAAUUAACAGAAGGUCAAGGUACUCUGAUGGCUGCAGAAACAAGGACAUUCUUGCCUGCCUUUGAUAAGCAAGAAUUACAAGUUAAACAAAGAGUUUGGAAAACAGAGGUUCAAGAUCUUAAGAGAGCUGAUAAGAGAAAGGCCAAGUUUGUUAAUAACCAACCUUACUAUAGAGAUCAAUUACUACAGUGA